AUGAAAGGGAAGCCAGAAGAAAUUCGCAGACAGGAGAAGAAAGAAAGAAAGAAGUGGAAAGACAAAAGAGAAGAGCAGAGAAAGAAAGACAGAGAACGAGAGAAGAAAGAAAGAGAAGAGAGACACAGAAGCCAGAAGGAAGAGAAAGAAAGGAACAGAGAAGGAGAAAGGAAAGAAGAAAGAGGAAGAGAGAGAAGACAGAAAGAGAAGGAGAGAAGAAAGAACGAAGAAGGAAGUAAGAGUAAAGCGACGAAAAGGAGAGGGAAAGAAGAGCAAUCAAGAAGAGGAGAAGAGAAAUAAAAGAAGAGCAGCCAUAAUCAGCUCAUAGAGAGAGAAAGAAGAUUAAGAGAAAUCAUACUCUCCUCCUCUCUAUCCUCUCCCUCCAUCAUCCUCCUAUCUAGCCCUCCAUCCCUCCUCCUCUCUCUCCCUCCAUCCCUCUUCCUCUCCCUCCAUCCCUCUUCCUCUCUCUCCCUCCAUCCCUCUUCCUCUCUCUCCCUCCAUCCAGCUGUACAGGAAGAUGGUCCACCAGAUGAUUCAGGUGUUAAUCAGGAAGCUGACUUCUCUGAGCCAUUACGAGGAGGCCCUGGUCAAGAUCAACGCUACGGCCACAGACAGGCUGACCGUGCUCAAGGCCAAGCCUCAGGCCAUCCAGAGGGACAUGCUGUCCAUCUGCAACGACCCCUUCACCAUGGCCCAGCAACUCACUCACAUAGAACUGGUGAGAGACAGACAGACAGACAGCCACACAGCAACUCACUCACAUACACUACAUGACCAAAGGUAUGUGGACACCCGCUCGUCUAACAUCUCAUUCCAAAAUCAUGGGCAUUAAUAUGGAGUUGGUCCCCCCCUUUGCUGCUAUAACAGCCUCCACUCUUCUGGGAAGGCUUUCCACUAGAUGUUGGAACAUUGCUGCGGGGACCUGCUUCCAUUCAGCCACAAGAGCAUCAGUGAGGUCGGGCACUGAUGUUGGGCGAUUAGGCCUGGCUCGCAGUCAGCGUUCCAAUUCAUCCCAAAGGCGUUAGAUGGGGUUGAGGUCAGGGCUCUGUGCAGGCAAGUCAAGUUCUUCCACACCGAUCUCGACAAACCAUUUCUGUAUGGACCUCGCUUUAUGCAUAGGGGCAUUGUCAUGCUGAAACAGGAAAGGGCCUUCCCCAAACUGUUGCCACAAAGUUGGAAGCACAGAAUCCUCUAGAAUGUCAUUAAGAUUUCCCUUCACUGGAACUAAGGGGCCUAGCCCGAACCAUGAAAAACAGCCCUAGACCAUUAUUCCUCCUCCACCAAACUUUACAGUUGGCACUAUGCAUUGGGGCAGGUAGCGUUCUCCUGAUGUCCGCCAAACCCAGAUUUGUCCGUCAGUCUGCCAGAUGGUGAAGCGUGAUUCGUCACUCCAGAGAACAUGUUUACACUGCUCCGGAGUCCAAUGGUGGCGAGCUUUACACCACUCCAGCCGAUGCUUGGCAUUGCGCAUGGUGUUCUUAGGCUUGUGUGCGGUUGCUCGGCUAUGGAAACCCAUUUCAUGAAGCUCCCGACUAACAGUUAUUGUGCUGACGUUACUUCCAGAGGCAGUUUGGAACUCGGUAGUGAGUGUUGCAACCAAGGACAGGUGGUUUUUAUGCGCUUCAGCACUCGGUGGGCUCAUUCUAAGUGCUUUUGUGGCCUACCACUUCGCGGCUGAGCCGUUGUUGCUCCGAAAUGUUUGCACUUCACAAUAACGGCACUUACAGUUGACCGGGGCAUCUCUAGCAGGGCAGAAAUUUGACGAACUGACUUGUUGGAAAGGUGGCAUCCUAUGACGGUGCCACGUUGAAAGUCACUGAGCUCUUCAGUACGGGCCAUUCUACUGUCAAUGUUUGUCUGUGGAGAUUGCAUGGCUGUGUGCUCGAUUUUAUACAACUGUCAGCAAUGGGUGUGGCUGAAAUAGGCGAAUCCACUCAUUUGAAGGGGUGUCCACAUACUUUUGUAAAAAUAGUGUAGAACUGGUGAGACACACACACACACACACACACACACAGGCAUACGCAUUAACCCCUACACUGUGGCACAGCAACUCACUCACUUAGAACUAGUGUACACUAGAACUGGUGAGAGAUACUGUUCAUAUUGCCACUUAUCAUCCCCUUCAGUUUAUCGAUGUCCAUACAUUAAAACAGUGGUGUUUCUCUGCUGUAGCCCGCAUCAUAACAGCUCAAUAAGUUACAAGGUGAAUGUAAAACAUUUGUUAAAACAUUUUAUUGACGUCGUCAACCUGACUGAACGCAUUCACAGACAGAUGGAGUUUAUCGAGUUGAUUUUCCUUUUCUCAGGAGAGACUGAGCUACAUCGAACCAGAGGAAUUCAUCCAGGCCUUUGAGAAGAAAGAUCUUCUGGACAAUGAUAAGGUAAUGAGUCUGCAUGCUUACCCACAAUGCAACAGGCUACAGUUGGCUAGAACCCUGUGAUGUUACGAUACAGCUAAAGAACCCUGUGAUGUUAUGAUACAGCUUUAGAACCCUGUGAUGUUAUGAUACAGCUUUAGAACCCUGUGAUGUUAUGAUACAGCUUUAGAACCCUGUGAUGUUAUGAUACAGCUUUAGAACCCUGUGAUGUUAUGAUACAGCUUUAGAACCCUGUGAUGUUACGAUACAGCUAAAGAACCCUGUGAUGUUAUGAUACAGCUUUAGAACCCUGUGAUGUUAUGAUACAGCUUUAGAACCCUGUGAUGUUAUGAUACAGCUUUAGAACCAUGUUAUGUUAUGAUACAGCUUUAGAACCCUGUGAUGUUAUGAUACAGCUUUAGAACCCUGUGAUGUUAUGAUACAGCUUUAGAACCCUGUGAUGUUAUGAUACAGCUUUAGAACCCUGUGAUGUUAUGAUACAGCUUUAGAACCCUGUGAUGUUACGAUACAGCUAAAGAACCCUGUGAUGUUAUGAUACAGCUUUAGAACCCUGUGAUGUUAUGAUACAGCUUUAGAACCCUGUGAUGUUAUGAUACAGCUUUAGAACCCUGUGAUGUUAUGAUACAGCUUUAUAACCCUGCGAUGUUAUGAUACAGCUAGAACCCUGUGAUGUUAUGAUACAGCUUUAGAACCCUGUGAUGUUAUGAUACAGCUUUAGAACCCUGUGAUGUUAUGAUACAGCUAGAACCCUGUGAUGUUAUGAUACAGAAUAUAGAACCCUGCCUUAUAUUGCUAAAAUCUGAAAGUUAGUAGAUUUGGCUCCAUCCAUCUCCACUAGUACUAAUGUCUAGCUCCAAGUAGUUAUACCAUACAGUUGGCUAUCACCACCAUGACCUACAUUGCUUAAAUCAGAAGAGCAGUGAUUUGGCUCUAUCUAGAGUCUAGACCCACCAGUUUCCGUUCCAGACAGUCACUCAUUAUGGACUCUACUGAAACUGACCCCAUGGUGGGUCAAUGUGAGGACACCAUUUUGUGUCAGGUAGGGUAGACCGUGUACCCAGACAUACCGUAGUGGUAGACCAAACAUUUGCUUUCUUCCUGUUCCUUUAAACAUCCCUCUGUCUGAAAGGGCUAUAGAAUGCUUUGGCUGUAUCGCCAUGCAACCACUCGGCCAAUAAAGAACCACCACCGAGGGUUUGUUUUGGAUGUGUGUGUGCGUGCUCGCAAGCGUUCGGCUGCUAGGCAACAGGGAUGUUUCGGGGGGGAUAUUUUGGCGCCCUUUCUUUUGUGCCUUGGGCUACCUCUCUACAUCCACUUCCAAAGGGUUGGGGGUCUGUGUGGGGGUCUGUGUGUGUGUUGACCACUCUGGCCAUUGUGUGGGGGAGAGCGAGAAAUGCGUAAGGCUAAAGGAAUGUGAGCUAUUAGAAUUAUUCAGCUCUGCUGAAUAAUGUGAAUAGCUAGUUAGCUAAUGUCCUGAUGGUGUGAUUCGGAGCAUAGUGCCAAGUCUGCAAUAAUAGUCUAAUUGCAAAGACAACUAUAAAGCCUAUACACCCAUCUGGGGAUCCAGGGUUCGUGUUUGAAAUAAAACGGCAGUUUGUCAAACUGUUUUACUCAUUUUGUUAUUGACAAAAUACCCAAUUUAGCAAUGAGCUAAGUAAUGGUAAUGAAAUGCUAUGCUAUUGGUGCUAACUAAAUGUUAUGUUAUCUAUACGAUGCUAAUGAAAUGUCUGUCUUUAUUGCUACAGAGCUGUUUCAGCGACCAUAAGAAGGCUAGCAGCCUGGAGGCGUAUGUAGAGUGGUUCAACAGACUCAGCUUCCUGGUGGCCACAGAGAUCUGCAUGGUGAGUAGUUAGGUUGAUCUGCAUGGUGAGUAGUUAGGUUGAUCUGCGUGGUGAGUAGUUAGGUUGAUCUGCGUGGUGAGUAGUUAGGUUGAUCUGCGUGGUGAGUAGUUAGGUUGAUCUGCGUGGUGAGUAGUUAGGUUGAUCUGCGUGGUGAGUAGUUAGGUUGAUCUGCGUGGUGAGUAGUUAGGUUGAUCUGCGUGGUGAGUAGUUAGGUUGAUCUGCGUGGUGAGUAGUUAGGUUGAUCUGCGUGGUGAGUAGUUAGGUUGAUCUGCAUGGUGAGUAGUUAGGUUGAUCUGCGUGGUGAGUAGUUAGGUUGAUCUGCGUGGUGAGUAGUUAGGUUGAUCUGCGUGGUGAGUAGUUAGGUUGAUCUGCAUGGUGAGUAGUUAGGUUGAUCUGCAUGGUGAGUAGUUAGGUUGAUCUGCGUGGUGAGUAGUUAGGUUGAUCUGCGUGGUGAGUAGUUAGGUUGAUCUGCGUGGUGAGUAGUUAGGUUGAUCUGCGUGGUGAGUAGUUAGGUUGAUCUGCGUGGUGAGUAGUUAGGUUCAUCUGCGUGGUGAGUAGUUAGGUUGAUCUGCGUGGUGAGUAGUUAGGUUGAUCUGCAUGGUGAGUAGUUAGGUUGAUCUGCAUGGUGAGUAGUUAGGUUGAUCUGCGUGGUGAGUAGUUAGGUUGAUCUGCGUGGUGAGUAGUUAGGUUGAUCUGCGUGGUGAGUAGUUAGGUGAUCUGCGUGGUGAGUAGUUAGGUUGAUCUGCGUGGUGAGUAGUUAGGUUGAUCUGCGUGGUGAGUAGUUAGGUUGAUCUGCGUGGUGAGUAGUUAGGUUGAUCUGCGUGGUGAGUAGUUAGGUAGAUCUGCAUGGUGAGUAGUUAGGUAGAUCUGCGUGGUGAGUAGUUAGGUUGAUCUGCGUGGUGAGUAGUUAGGUUGAUCUGCGUGGUGAGUAGUUAGGUAGAUCUGCGUGGUGAGUAGUUAAUGGGAAAUGGCAGCACUCCAAAACGUUAAGAAAAAAUGACAAAAAUAGAUCGCCUCAUUUCACUUCCUCAGAUGAAGGCAUAACUGCCGAAACAUGUUAACCUGCCCGGCCGAAAAUAAAAAGGUGUAAUGAGGUGACGUCUUUUUGUCCUUUUUUUCUUAACAUUUCGGAGUGCCGCCUUUUCCCCAUGGGAUUUCAUUUGAAGUCAUUGUCACAUGGCAGAGCACCCAGCUGACAAAGCAAGACUGCGCACCUGUUACCUACUUUAGUUAGGUAGUUAGUUAGCAUUUUACGGCAAAGCUAAUUUAGCUAGUGAGUAUUCUACUGCAGUUAAGAUAACUUAGCUAGCUAGUAAUUACUUGACCGUCAUCAUGUAUUUUUGCCCUGAAGGUUUAUUUUGCGCUUUUGCUGUUGUUAACUUGUUGUCUUGUUGUCGCUGUUGACUUGUUGAUGUUGUCGCUGUUGACUUGUUGAUGUUGUCGCUGUUGACUUGUUGAUGUUGUCGCUGUUGUCUUGUUGAUGUUGUUUUGUUGAUGUUGUUGAUCUUGUUGUCUUGUUGAUGUUGUCGCUGUUGACUUGUUGAUGUUGUUGAUGUUGUUGACUCGACAGCCCGUAAAGAAGAAGCAGCGAGCGCGAGUCAUGGAGUUCUUCAUCGACGUGGCGCGGGAAUGUUUCAACAUCGGCAACUUCAACUCCCUCAUGGCCAUUAUCUGUAAGUGUUGUGGUUUUUCAUCCCAACCCUGUGACAACUCACUCACCGGCUCACAUGCUGUAAACACACAAGGCUUUUUGUCGACAGUCAGGAAAUCCGAUCAGUAAAUGCAAAUUGUAUUUCAGCGAGACUUUGUACCUUCCUAAACCCUAUAACAGCCUUAACCCGAAACGACAUCACAGCAAUUUAUUCACUUUAAAUAGUCUUUCAAAUAUUGCUUAUUUACUUUUUUUUUUUUGGGGGGGGGGGGGGAUUCUUAUAAAAGUGACCCAUUUGUCCAUAGAAGUUGUCCUUGACCUGAAUAGAAAGGGUAACUUUCAGCUUCAAUUGAUAAUCUUGAGCAGAGUGGAUCUAAUGCAUCCUGAUCUAUCUUAGGCUCCAGCUUGUGACCUUCCCAAGGGUCUAGCCACAAAGCAGUCUGGGUUAGUUUCGGGGCCAGUCCUUGCCCCAGGCUUUAGGCGGCCAGAGCCAGCCGAUGUGGUACAGGGGGGCCUGAGUGGCCAGGGAAGAAGGCAGCUGGUCAGGCCUUGAGGUUGGGGAGGAGGGGGUGGACGGGAGAGGAGGGACAGCUGGGAAGUCCUACACAAACACCCAUAUAGACAGAUGGUCAGUACUGACCAGAGAGGGAAAUAGAGGGAGGGAGGGAGGAAGAGGGGUAUUGGCAGGAGAGGGAAGGCAAAAGGGGAGGGAGGGCUGGGUGGAGGGAGGGAGGGAGGGUAGGCCCUAGGAGUACCAGCUGUCCCAGCCCAAGCCCCUCUCUCCCUGGAGAUGGAGCCACAGGCAGAGCCCCUCAGUCUCCAGGGACCCAGAGGGAGAUAUUGUAAGGUUAGAAAGGAAAGACAAACAAGACCCUGGGAAAAUAGGCACACACAAAAUAGCACUCCUGAAUACAUAUGCAUGCACACACACCUGCUUACCAUAGUGAGUGAGUGAAUGAGUGAGUGAGUGAGUGAGAGAGAACGAACUAAUUCCUCACCCUUCUCUCUUGUCUUGUUCUGCAGCUGGCAUGAACAUGAGUCCUGUGUCUCGACUGAAGAAGACCUGGAGCAAAGUCAAGACUGCCAAGUUUGACGUCUUGGAGGUAAAGACACACACACACAAUUGCGUGUUCACCUGCUGCACUGAGCACCAUACAAUCUAGCUACAAAAGCCAGCUAGUGCAUAGCUAACCUUCCCAUGUUAUCCUGUAAGCCUCGUGGUAUUAUCACAGUGAUACUCUACCUUCUGAAGUGUUAGCUCCAAGAAGGAGGAGGGAGAAGGGGUUCCUAGGGGAUGGGUAGCCCCAGACGGUGAGCUCUACCUGGGGUUCAGAUCACACCGAGCUCCCUGGGGGUCCUAGCGGAUGGGUAGCCCCAGACGGUGAGCUCUACCUGGGGUUCAGAUCACACCGAGCUCCCUGGGGGUCCUAGCGGAUGGGUAGCCCCAGACGGUGAGCUCUACCUGGGGUUCAGAUCACACCGAGCUCCCUGGGGUUCCUAGGGGAUGGGUAGCCCCAGACGGUGAGCUCUACCUGGGGUUCAGAUCACACCGAGCUCCCUGGGGGUCCUAGGAGGAACCAGGUAUGGACCUUCAAGUCAGGAGAUGUGAAGUAGCAGAUUAAAUGGAUAAACCAGGUUGUAACCCAGGAGCCAUCAAAGGAGCAGGUUUCUCUCUCCCACUCCUCCUCUCUUUCCACACCUCCCUCAUUACUCUCCAUCCCGAGCUCUCUCUGACGUAACAAUGUACAUAUUGCCAAAGCUUUCUCUCUGUCUCUGUCUUUCAAAUUCAAUUUCAAUUCAAUUUAAGGGCUUUAUUGGCAUGGGAAACGUGUGUUAACAUUGCCAGGGCAAGUGAAGUACAGUGGGGAGAACAAGUAUUUGAUACACUGCCGAUUUUGCUGGUUUUCCUACUUACAAAGCAUGUAGAGGUCUGUAAUUUUUAUCAUAGGUACACUUCAACUGUGAUAGACGGAAUCUAAAACAAAAAUCCAGAAAAUCACAUUGUAUGAUUUUUAAGUAAAUAAUUUGCAUUUUAUUGCAUGACAUAAGUAUUCGAUACAUCAGAAAAGCAGAACUUAAUAUUUGGUACAGAACCUUUGUUUGCAAUUACAGAGAUCAUACGUUUCCUGUAGGUCUUGACCAGGUUUGCACACACUGCAGCAGGGAUUUUGGCCCACUCCUCCAUACAGACCUUUUCCAGAUCCUUCAGGUUUCGGGGCUGUCGCUGGGCAAUACAGACUUUCAGCUCCCUCCAAAGAUUUUCUAUUGGGUUCAGGUCUGGAGACUGGCUAGGCCACUCCAGGACCUUGAGAUGCUUCUUACGGAGCCACUCCUUAGUUGCCCUGGCUGUGUGUUUCGGGUUGUUGUCAUGCUGGAAGACCCAGCCACAACCCAUCUUCAAUGCUCUUACUGAGGGAAGGAGGUUGUUGGCCAAGAUCUCACGAUACAUGGCCCCAUCCAUCCUCCCCUCAAUACGGUGCAGUCGUCCUGUCCCCUUUGCAGAAAAGCAUCCCCAAAGAAUGAUGUUUCCACCUCCAUGCUUCACGGUUGGGAUGAUGUUAUUGGGGUUGUACUCAUCCUUCUUCUUCCUCCAAACACGGCGAGUGGAGUUUAGACCAAAAAGCUAUAUUUUUGUCUCAUCAGACCACAUGACCUUCUCCCAUUCCUCCUCUGGAUCAUCCAGAUGGUCAUUGGCAAACUUCAGACGGGCCUGGACAUGCGCUGGCUUGAGCAGGGGGACCUUGCGUGCGCUGCAGGAUUUUAAUCCAUGACGGUGUAGUGUGUUACUAAUGGUUUUCUUUGAGACUGUGGUCCCAGCUCUCUUCAGGUCAUUGACCAGGUCCUGCCGUGUAGUUCUGGGCUGAUCCCACACCUUCCUCAUGAUCAUUGAUGCCCCACAAGGUGAGAUCUUGCAUGGAGCCCCAGACCGAGGAUGAUUGACCGUCAUCUUGAACUUCUUCCAUUUUCCAAUAAUUGCGCCAACAGUUGUUGCCUUCUCACCAAGCUGCUUGCCUAUUGUCCUGUAGCCCAUCCCAGCCUUGUGCAGGUCUACCAUUUUAUCCCUGAUGUCCUUACACAGCUCUCUGGUCUUGGCCAUUGUGGAGAGGUUGGAGUCUGUUUGAUUGAGUGUGUGGACAGGUGUCUUUUAUACAGGUAACGAGUUCAAACAGGUGCAGUUAAUACAGGUAAUGAGUGGAGAACAGGAGGGCUUCUUAAAGAAAAACUAACAGGUCUGUGAGAGCCAGAAUUCUUACUGGUUGGUAGGUGAUCAAAUACUUAUGUCAUGCAAUAAAAUGCAAAUUAAUAACUUAAAAAUCAUACAAUGUGAUUUUCUGGAUUUUUGUUUUAGAUUCCGUCUAUCACAGUUGAAGUGUACCUAUGAUAAAAAUUACAGACCUCUACAUGCUUUGUAAGUAGGAAAACCUGCAAAAUAGGCAGUGUAUCAAAUACUUGUUCUCCCCACUGUAGAUAGUAAACCUUAGUGAAAUAAACAAUAAAUAUUAACAGUAAACAUUACACUCAGAAGUUCCAAAAGAAUAAAGACAUUUCAGAUGUCAUAUUAUGUCUAUAUACAGUGUUGUAAUGAUGUGCAAAUAGUUAAAGUACAAAAGGGAAAAUAAAUAAACAUAAAUAUGGGUUGUAUUUACAAUGGUGUUUGUUCUUCACUGGUUGCCCUUUUCUUGUGGCAACAGGUCACAAAUCUUGCUGCUGUGAUGGCACACUGUGGUAUUUCACCCAGUAGAUAAGGGAGUUUAUCAAAAUUGGGUUUAUUUUCGAAUUCUUUGUGGAUCUCUGUAAUCUGAGGGAAAUAUGUGUCUCUAAUAUGGUCAUACUGACCCAGGUAGGAAGUGCAGCUCAGUUACCACAUGAUUUUGUGGGCUCUCUCUCUCGCUCUCUCGCUCUCUCGCUCUCUCGCUCUCUCGCUCUCUCUCGCUCUCUCUCUCCCUUCCCCCCCCCAGUGGGGAGAACAAGUAUUUCAUACACUGCUGAUUUUGCAGGUUUUCCUACUUACAAAGCAUGUAAUGGUCUGUAAUUUUUAUCAUAGGUACACUUCAACUGUGAGAGACGGAAUCUAAAACGAAAAUCACAUUGUAUGAUUUUUAAGUAAUUAAUUUGCAUUUUAUUGCAUGACAUAGGUAUUUGAUACAUCAGAAAAGCAGAACUUAAUAUUUGGUACAGAAACCUUUGUUUGCAAUUACAGAGAUCAUACGUUUCCUGUAGGUCUUGACCAAGUUUGCACACACUGCAGCAGGGAUUUUGGCCCACUCCUCCAUACAGACCUUCUCCAGAUCCUUCAGGUUUCGGGGCUGUCGCUGGCCAAUACGGACUUUCAGCUCCCUCCAAAGAUUUUCUAUUGGGUUCAGGUCUGGAGACUGGCUAGGCCACUCCAGGACCUUGAGCUGCUUCUUACGGAGCCACUCCUUUGUUGCCCUGGCUGUGUGUUUCGGGUCGUUGUCAUGCUGGAAGACCUAGCCACGACCCAUCUUCAAUGCACUUACUGAGGGAAGGAGGUUGUUGGCCAAGAUCUCGCGAUACAUGGCCCCAUCCAUCCUCCCCUCAAUACGGUGCAGUCGUCCUGUCCCCUUUGCAGAAAAGCAUCCCCAAAGAAUGAUGUUUCCACCUCCAUGCUUCACGGUUGGGAUGGUGUUCUUGGGGUUGUACUCAUCCUUCUUCUUCCUCCAAACACGGCGAGUGGAGUUUAGACCAAAAAGCUCUAUUUUUGUCUCAUCAGACCACAUGACCUUCUCCCAUUCCUCAUCUGGAUCAUCCAGAUGGUCAUUGGCAAACUUCAGAUGGGCCUGGACAUGCGCUGGCUUGAGCAGGGGGACCUUGCGUGCGCUGCAGGAUUUUAAUCCAUGACGGCGUAGUGUGUUACUAAUGGUUUUCUUUGAGACUGUGGUCCCAGCUCUCUUCAGGUCAUUGACAAGGUCCUGCCGUGUAGUUCUGGGCUGAUCCCUCACCUUCCUCAUGAUCAUUGAUGCACCCACGAGGUGAGAUCUUGCAUGGAGCCCCAGACCGAGGGUGAUUGACCGUCAUCUUGAACUUCUUCCAUUUUCUAAUAAUUGUGCCAACAGUUGUUGCCUUCUCACCAAGCUGCUUGCCUAUUGUCCUGUAGCCCAUCCCAGCCUUGUGCAGGUCUACAAUUGUAUCCCUGAUGUCCUUACACAGCUCUCUGGUCUUGGCCAUUGUGGAGAGGUUGGAGUCUGUUUGAUUGUGUGGACAGGUGUCUUUUAUACAGGUAACGAGUUCAAACAGGUGCAGUUAAUACAGGUAAUGAGUGGAGAACAGGAGGGCUUCUUAAAGAAUAACUAACAGGUCUGUGAGAGCCGGAAUUCUUACUGGUUGGUAGGUGAUCAAAUACUUAUGUCAUGCAAUAAAAUGCAAAUGAAUUACUUAAAAAUCAUACAAUGUGAUUUUCUGGAUUUUUUUUUUAGAUUCCGUCUCUCACAGUUGAAGUGUACCUAUGAUAAAAAUGUCAGACCUCUACAUGCUUUAAGUAGGAAAACCUGCAAAAUCGGCAGUGUAUCAAAUACUUGUUCUCCCCACUGUAUGUGUCUCUAAUAUGGUCAUACAUUUGGCAGGAGGUUAGGAAGUGCAGCUCAGUUUCCACCUCAUUUUGUGGGCAGUGUGCACAUAGCCUGUCUUCUCUUGAGAGCCAGGUCUGCCUACGGUGGUCUUCUCAAUAGCAAGGCUAUUCUCACUGAGUCUGUACAUAGUCAAAGCUUUCCUUAGGUUUGGGUCAGUCACAGUGUUCAGGUAUUCUGCCACUGUCUACUCUCUGUUUAGAGCCAAAUAGCAUUCUAGUUUGCUCUGUUUUUUUGUUAAUUCUUUCCAAUGUGUCAAGUAAUUUUUUUUUUGUUUUCUCAUGAUUUGGUUGGAUCUAAUUGUGUUGUUGUUGUCCUGGGACUAACUUGCUUAGGGGACUCUUCUCCAAGUUAAUUUCUUUGUAGGUGAUGGCUUUGUUAUGGAAGGUUUGGGAAUCGCUUCCUUUUAAGUGGUUAUAGAAUUUAACGGCUCUUUUCUGGAUUUUGAUAAUUAGCGGGUAUUGGCGUAAUUCUGCUCUGCAUGCAUUAUUUGGUGUUUUUCAUUGUACACAGAGGAUAUUUUUGCAGAAUUCUGCAUGCAGAGUCUCAAUUUGGUGUUUGUCCCAUUUUGUGAAUUCUUGGUAGGUGAGCAGACCCCAGACCUCAACCAUAAAGGGCAAUGGGUUCCAUAACUGAUUCAAGUAUUUUUAGCGAGAUCCUAAUUGGUAUGUCAAAUUUUAUGUUCCUUUUGAUGGCAUAGAAGGCCCUUCUUGCCUUGUCUCUCAGAACGUUCACAGCUUUGUGGAAGUUACCUGUGGCGCUAAUGUUUAGGCCGAGGUAUGUAUCGUUUUUUUAUGUGCUCUAGGGCAACGGUGUCUAGAUGGAAUUUGUAUUUGUGGUCCUGGCAACUGGAUCUUUUUUGAAACACCAUUAUUUUUGUCUUACUGAGAUUUACUGUAUGGGCCCGGGUCUGACAGAAUCUGUGCAGAAUAUCUAGGUGCUGCUGUAAGCCCUCCUUGGUUGGUGACAGAAGCACCAGAUCAUCAGCAAACAGUAGACAUUUGACUUGAGCGAUUGUCCUCCCUGUGUUGAUAGAGGUCAGUGUUGAUAGCUGUGGUGUUGGGUUAUUGUCCUCCCUGUGUUGAUAGAGGUCAGAGUGUUGAUAGGCUGGUUUGAUGACUCCAUCUGUCUUGCAGUUUGUGUGUGUCCAGUUGAUUUGGCAGGGACGGUUUAUGUGGGACUGUGAGUGAUUGAUAGAGUCAUUGAGAUGCCUUCUCCCACAAGCGAUCAACCUUUUGGGGGAAGGGAUGGAGUGGUGGGGGAGGUUGAAGGGAACAGCCGGGCCAGUGACUAACUAACCACCAUAUUUUAUUACAGGGUGGCUAUUACCAUAUGUUUAGAAUUACAGUUAGCUAAUAGUAUUGCAGUCAAUGCACUUGUUAUCCGUUCAGACGAAAGCAUACGAUGCCAUCUCACUCUCUGAGGAUGUAGCUAGAAGAAUCCGCCAUUUUAUAAACAAAUAUUUGAACUAAGAACUGACUUUCUGCUGAGCUUGCACUGUAAUGCUAAUCUCUCCCUCUCUCCCUCCCUCAGCACCAAAUGGACCCUUCCGGUAACUUCUACAAUUACAGAACGGCGUUGAGAGGAGCGACACAGAGGUGCAGAACAGCCAAUAGCGUUAGAGAGAAGGUGAGCCUGGAUACCUUUACUCACAAUCUGAGAUUAUUUCAUAAAAGCGUCUUAAGAGUAGGAGAGCUGAUCUAGGUGAUCUAGUAUAUUCUGAUCUAGGUGAUCUAGUAUAUUCUGAUCUAGGUGAUCUAGUAUAUUCUGAUCUCUUCGAAUGGUGGGAACGUCCUCUGUUCUCUCUGGCAGUCUGAAUUCUCCCAGAGCCCAUUUCAGUAACCCUAACCCACUUACAUGCUGACCAAACUGGCUUUGUGCGUGCGUUUGUCUGUGCGCAUGUUGAUUUUUGUCGAUCCCCACCCAGACAUGUUCAUGACACGCAGGUUAAAAUACCAAAAAACCAAUCGUGAACCAAAUAUAUUAGUUUAGGGGACAGGUCAAAACAAACAUUCAUGGACAUUUAGCUAGCUUGCUGUUGCUACGCUAAUUUGUGCUGGGAGAUAAACAUUGGGUUGUUAUUUUAUCUGAAAUGUGUAUAGUCCAUUUUUAGCUGGAUCUUUUGUGGUAUUUUUUCCCUUUUUUGAGUCAUACAAAAUCAUGUGUUCUCUACUCCGACAAUUAAUCCACAGAUAAAAAGGGGAAACUGGUUUGGUCAGCAUGUUAACCAAGAAAACGAACAAACGCUCUACCGCUCUCACAAUUGCUAAGCAGCAAUUCGUUGUUACGUAAAGUGGAGAUGUGCAUCACCCGUUCUUCACUUUUAUGUAACCAGGAAAACAACUGGAGGGAACGUUCCGGCAUGUCGGGAAAGCAGCCUUCCGUGCAGCAGUUGGUCUGAUGAUCGUUUAUCGUCUCUGCUCAGUGGACUCAUCUUUAUUUACACUAAACUUUGGUUCGGUUAGGACAUCGUUACAUAACGAAGCCUCUGAAGCAGAGAAGUCAAGAGGUCAAGACAGAAAUAGGUCAGCUGAGAGCUGAGGGUCUUGUAUGGAUGUCAAAGAGAACUAAUUUCCUCCUUUUCAGUUAAGGGGGGAAAUAAAUUGCUGCCUGCCAGUUCACAUAACUCUCUCAUUUCUGUCUGUCUCUCUCUCUCAUUUCUGUCUCCCUCUCUCUCUCUCUCUCUCUCUCUCUCAUUUCUGUCUGUCUCGCUCUCAUUUCUGUCUCGCUCUCAUUUCUGUCUCUCUCUCUCUCUCAUUUCUGUCUCUCGCUCUCUCUCUCAUUUCUGUCUCUCUCUCUCAUUUCUGUCUCUCUCUCUCAUUUCUGUCUGUCUCUCUCUCUGAUUGCGUCUUUCUCUCUCUACCCCACACUGACCUGACUGAGUGUGAACCGGUCAGCCUAGCGGGCUAGCCUAGUGUGUAGCAAGUCCUAGAAGGAAGGGUAAACAUAGACAAGUUGUUUGUUGAUGUACUGUCAACAUGUAUUAGGUUAGCAAAGAGUUAGCGUAGUGCCAACAUAAUGGGUUAGCUGAGGGUUUCUGUUAGGGAAAGGAGGGGGAACUGUACGUGUGUAGAUGUUGAUUUUUUUAAGGGCCCUGGUUGGCUGCUAAGACAGACGGAGAAGGGGUCAUAAGACGGAAUGUUCCAGCUUCCCAGAACACUGGAAUGCUCUUGUGACUUCUUCUAGAGGGGUUUUUGUUUAUGGGUCAAAAAGUGUAUUUCCACACACAACACCACACGGCCGAUUUGUGGGCCUUUCUGGGCCGUACAGUCCAGUGGUAACGUAGUCUAUGCAACAUGUUCCCAGAUAUCUCUCUCUCUCUCUCUCUUUGUCGCUCUGUCUCUCAGAUCUGUUCUGUUUUGUUUAGGGCCACAGUGUCACUGAGACGGCAGGGAGACUGAAAUCAUUGUGUACAUAUUGUGCUGUUUACUGUGUUCAGUUUGCUAGAAGAACAUUCUGGUCCAGUCAGGGAGCAGUAUGUCAUUUGAUAUAAAACCAUCUCACGUGUUUGUUGGCUACUGCUCAGUGUCACACUGUUUCCUCACAGAGCUGGACUCCAAAAGAGUAGUAGUGAUGAUCUAAAAUCAGGUCCCCCCUGUCUGUUUCAUAAUGAUCUAAAAUCAGGUCCCCCCUGUCUGUUUCAUAAUGAUCUAAAAUCAGGUCCCCCCCUGUCUGUUUCAUAAUGAUCUAAAAUCAGGUCCCCCCCUGCCUGUUUCAUAAUGAUCUAAAAUCAGGUCCCCCCUGUCUGUUUCAUAAUGAUCUAAAAUCAGGUCCCCCCUGUCUGUUUCAUUAUGAUCUAAAAUCAGGUCCCCCCCUGUCUGUUUCAUAAUGAUCUAAAAUCAGGUCCCCCUGUCUGUUUCAUAAUGAUCUAAAAUCAGGUCCCCCUGUCUGUUUCAUAAUGAUCUAAAAUCAGGUCCCCCUGUCUGUUUCAUAAUGAUCUAAAAUCAGGUCCCCCUCUCUGUUUCAUAAUGAUCUAAAAUCAGGUCCCCCUGUCUGUUUCAUAAUGAUCUAAAAUCAGGUCCCCCCCCUGUCUGUUUCAUAAUGAUCUAAAAUCAGGUCCCCCCCUGUCUGUUUCAUAAUGAUCUAAAAUCAGGUCCCCCUGCCUGUUUCAUAAUGAUCUAAAAUCAGGUCCCCCCUGUCUGUUUCAUAAUGAUCUAAAAUCAGGUCCCCCCCUGUCUGUUUCAUAAUGAUCUAAAAUCAGGUCCCCCUGCCUGUUUCAUAAUGAUCUAAAAUCAGGUCCCCCCUGUCUGUUUCAUAAUGAUCUAAAAUCAGGUCCCCCUGUCUGUUUCAUAAUGAUCUAAAAUCAGGUCCCCCUGUCUGUUUCAUAAUGAUCUAAAAUCAGGUCCCCCUGUCUGUUUCAUAAUGAUCUAAAAUCAGGUCCCCCCCUCUCUGUUUCAUAAUGAUCUAAAAUCAGGUCCCCCUGUCUGUUUCAUAAUGAUCUAAAAUCAGGUCCCCCCCUGUCUGUUUCAUAAUGAUCUAAAAUCAGGUCCCCCCCUGUCUGUUUCAUAAUGAUCUAAAAUCAGGUCCCCCUGCCUGUUUCAUAAUGAUCUAAAAUCAGGUCCCCCUGUCUGUUUCAUAAUGAUCUAAAAGGCUAAACUGAUCCCAGAUCAGCACUCCUUCUGUGAGAUGCUUUGUGAUAACGGGCGCCUGGACAGACGGCACAUACGGUAUAGACAUAAUCACGUUCCAUCUGUUAUUGCCUUUGACCUACCCUAUUAAAUAAUGACAGGGAUAUACAGUAACUCAAAACAGGAUGGCACGUUAAGAGCGUUUACACAGGCAGCUCAAUUCUGAUCUUUUGCCACUAAAAUGGUCUUUCGGCGAAUCCGAUCAGAUUGAGCUAAUAAGAGGUCAAAAGAUCAGAAUUGGUCUGCCUGUGUAAACGCUGCCUUUAUAUUUUCGGAUAUCCUAUUCUCUGACCCAGUUGAUUUACGAAAUGACCGUUGACAGGACAUUAGAAAGUAGACCAUAGACAGGACAGUGGGGCAUCUUUCCCAUAGAAAUAGAUUGACCACCCAUCAUGGAACAGUGACUUGAAUGGGGAAUGUCUGUUCUUGUAAUUAUAGUUCUAUGUUACCGAACACGCCCUCUGUCUCCCACUGAGUACACCACUUCCUCUGUGUUGUUGUCAAGCUGUGUGUCUUCUAACGUGAGGGUAUGUGCUCAACUCUUCUGUUAAAACAGCAAAGGGUGCUUGAAGCCAACAGCCAAUCACCUAACAAAGAAAAACAAACCAGGACUCAAUUGAUUCAGUUGCAAUUGAAGCUCAGUUUAUUUUCUUGUCUUCAGUCAGGCAACGUGUCUACAACUAUCCUGUCCUUGUCUUCAGUCAGGCAACGUUUCUAGAACUAUCCUGUCCUUGUCUUCUUAUACUGCCAGACCAGUGUGUUUAGGGCACCUGUCUGUUGUCACCGUCUCUCAUUACUUCCAUACAGGACAUCCCAUUCCCUCCCUCCCUCUCUCUUCCUUCCCUCCCUCCCCGGUCCCCGCUCCACACUCCAUCCUUCCCUCCCUCCCCGCUCCUUCCGUCACAGCUCCCUCCCCCCUCCCUAAAUUUUUGUGGCGACAUGGCUCUGAAUUGUUUAAGCGAUUGUGUUCUGAAAAACUACCUCAGCAUUUUCUGACUUCUCUUUCUGGGUGAAGUGGGAAUUAGUUUGACGGGUGUUUUUGUGGUGAUUUAACAAAGAAACGUCAUCAGCAGACUGUUACCUACUGUAGCCAGGCAGCUGAAUGAAAUCCUCACCUCUUCUUUCUCUGUCUCCUCUCUCUCCAGAUUGUUAUCCCGUUCUUCAGCCUACUGAUUAAAGACAUCUACUUCCUGAAUGAGGGAUGUUCCAACAGGAUGCAGAAUGGACACGUUAACUUUGAGGUGAGUUUGGGCAAACGGUUUGUUGUUUGUGGAAUUUCCCCAGGGUGCCCAGUAUGGGGCGUGCAGGCCAAACUUGGCCCAUGACAACAUUUGGUUUGGCCCGCCUAAUGCUAACAGAAUUACUUUGUUGUUUUGAACAAUAUUUUUGAGGGGUUUUGACUCACAACUCACUAUUUUGGUUACAUUUUGGCCCAACAAGCUCCAUUUGGUAGGGCACCCCUGUAACCAGCUGCACACCACCCUGCAUCCCACUGCUGGCAUGCCUCUGAAGCUACGCAAGGUUGGUCCUGGUCGGUCCCUGGAUGGGAGACCAGAUGCUGCUGGAAGUGGUGUUGGAGGGCCAGUAGGAGGCACUCUUUCCCCUUAAUGCCCCAGGGCAGUGAUUGGGGACAUUGCCCCAGGGCAGUGAUUGGGGACAUUGCCCCAGGGCAGUGAUUGGGGACAUUGCCCCAGGGCAGUGAUUGGGGACAUUGCCCCAGGGCAGUGAUUGGGGACAUUGCCCCAGGGCAGUGAUUGGGGACAUUGCCCCAGGGCAGUGAUUGGGGACAUUGCCCCAGGGCAGUGAUUGGGGACAUUGCCCCAGGGCAGUGAUUGGGGACAUUGCCCUGUGUAGGGUGCCAUCUUUCAGAUGGGACGUUAAACGGGUGUCCUGACUCUCACUAAAGAUCCCAUGGCACUUAUCGUAAGAGUAGGGGUGUUAACCCCUGGUGUCCUGGAUAAAUUCCCAAUCUGGCCCUCAUACUACCUAAUAAUCCCCAGCUUCCAGCUGGCUCAUUCAUCACCCCCCCUUCCUCUCCCAUGUAACUAUUUCCCAGGUCGUUGCUGUAAAUUACAACGUUGUCGUCAGUCAAUUUUAAAUUAAAAUAAGGGUUAAAUAAAAACAAGGUUAUGUAACCCAGCUCCACCAGUUUUAGAAAUGUCCCAGUGCUAAGGGAGACAGUUCACACAUCAACAUAGUUAGACUACACAGACAAGGAAAAGGCCAUUUUUAGCGAGCUUCCCCCUAUAACUGACAGAGAGUGAGGAAGUGAGACUUGCCAUUGGUAAACCCCAGCUACACUACAUCAGAAAAAAUUGAAUUAAUCUUUAAACUACUUUUUUAUUAUUGGAGACCCCCAUACAUGUCUACAACAUAUAUGGUCACCAACAUACACUACCGGUCAAAAGUUUUAGAACACCUACUCAUUCAAGGGUUUUUCUUGAUUUUUUUACUAUUUUCUAUAUUGUAGAAUAAUAGUGAAGACAUCAAAACUAUGAAAUAACACAUAUGGAAUCAUAUAGUAACCAAAAAAGUGUUAAACAAAUCAAAAUAUAUUUUAUAGUUGAGAUUCUUCAAAUAGCCACCCUUUUCCUUGAUGACAGCUUUGCACACUCUUGGCAUUCUCUCAACCAGCUUCACCUGGAAUGCUUUUCCAACAGUCUUGAAGGAGUUCCCACAUAUGCUGAGCACUUGUUGGCUGCUUUUCCUUCACUCUGUGGUCCGAGUCAUCCCAAACCAUCUCAAUUGGGUUGAGGGCAGGUGAUUGUGGAGGCCAGGUCAUCUGAUGCAGCACUCCAUCACUCUCCUUCUUGGUCAAAUAGCCCUUACACAGCCUGGAGGUGUGUUGGGUCAUUGUCCUGUUGAAAAACAAAUGAUAGUCCCCACUAAGCCCAAACCAGAUGGGAUGGCGUAUCGCUGCAAAAUGCUGUGGUAGCCAUGCUUGUUAAGUGUGACUUGAAUUCUAAAUAAAUCACAGACCGUGUCACCAGCAAAGCACCCCCACACCAUAACACCUCCUCCUCCAUGCUUUACGGUGGGAAAUACACAUGCGGAGAUCAUCCAUUCACCUACUCUGCGUCUCACAAAGACACGGCGGUUGGAACCAAAAAUCUCCAAUUUGGACUCCAGACCAAAGGACACAUUUCCAUCGGUCUAAUGUCCAUUGCUCGUGUUUCUUGGCCCAAGCAAGUCUCUUCUUAUUAUUGGUGUCCUUUAGUAGUGGUUUCUUUGCAGCAAUUCGACCAUGAAGGCCUGAUUUAUGCAGUCUCCUCUGAACAGUUGAUGUUGAGAUGUGUCUGUUACUUGAACUCUGUGAAGCAUUUAUUUGGGCUGCAAUUUCUGAGGCUGGUAACUCUGAUGAACUUAUCCUCUGCAGCAGAGGUAACUCUGGGUCUUCCAUUCCUGUGGCGGUCCUCAUGAGAGCCAGUUUCAUCAUAGCGCUUGAUUGUUUUUGCGACUGCACUUGAAGAAACGUUCAAAGUUAUUGAAAUGUUCCGUAUUGACUGACCUUCAUGUCCUAAAGUAAUGAUGGACUGUCGUUUCUCUUUGCUUAUUUGAGCUGUUCUUGCCGUAAUUUGGACUUGGUCUUUCACCAAAUAGGGCUGUCUUCUGUAUGCCCCACCUGCAUUGUCACAACACAACUGAUUGGCUCAAACGCAUUAAGAAGGAAAUAAAUUCCACAAAUUAACUUUUAACAAGGCACACAUGUUAAUUGAAAUGCAUUCCGGGUGACUACCUCAUGAAGCUGGUUGAGAGAAUGCCAAGAGUGUGCAAAGCUGUCAUCAAGGCAAAAGGUGGCUACUUUGAAGAAUCUAAAAUAUAUUUUGAUUUGUUUUACACAUUUUUGGGGGUUACUACAUGAUUCCAUAUGUGUUAUUUAUUCAUAGUUUUGAUGUCUUCACUAUUAUUCUACAAUGUAGAAAAUAGUAAAAAUAAAGAAAAACCCCUUGAAUGAGUAGGUGUAUGCAAACUUUUGACCGGUAGUGUGUAUAUAUACCGUCUAGCUGCCAAUCAGUGAAUAUUAUUAUCAGGUUGUGUUAGUGUUACAUAACUUCUUUAUUAACGUUCAUAUUGUUUUUUCACGUUUGCAGAAAUUGUGUUCCCGCGAACACUAACGUUACGUCGUUUUCACAGUAUCUCAAUGUUAUUUUUAACAUUUGUUUUUAACAUUGUUUUUCAGAAAUUCUGGGAGAUGGCGAAGCAGGUCAGCGAGUUCAUGGUUUGGAAGAAGGUGGAGUGUCCGUUUGAGAAGGACCGCAAAAUUCUACAGUACCUGCUUACUGCACCGGUCUUCAGCGAGGACGGUACGUACCCCCCCCCCCAAAUAUAGUUCAAGGUUCAAUGUACUGAUGUCAUGGUGUCAUUUCCAACUAAGUCAAUUCUGGAAGGCUACACUAAAUUCCCAGCUUAGAAAACCUGUUCAACUACAGGAAAAGCUGUUUUAAUGUCCUGGUGCUGUGACUGUAAUGAGUUGACGCUGGUGGUUUCUUCUUCUCCUCUCAGCUCUGUAUCUGGCCUCUUAUGAGAGCGAAGGCCCUGAGAACCACAUGGAGAAGGACAGAUGGAAGUCUCUGAGGUGCGUCCCCUUCCCCGUGGCGUGUCUGUGUGUGUGUGUGUGUUCCCUGGGGGGGGGGUCAGCUUCAUUCAUCAUAGUUGUCACCCACCCACGCCCCCCCCCCCCUCCUCCCCUCGUCAACCAAAGGGAGGUACAUGCUGACCCUUCCACUAGUCAAUAACUCACACGCACCGUGUUCCCAUAAACAAACACAGACACACACUGUGUUCUCCCCCCUCAAACACACAAAGCCGUCAUACACGGCGCUGGGCGUGUAAUAUGUGUGUGUACCUCAGACAUGAUGGAUGAAGAAUCAUUGUCUUUGUUCAGUGUGGUUGUAUAUUAUCCUCAGAGCCCAGGGAGCUGACUAAGACCUAGUCAGCCAGUCAGUCAGCCAGUCAGUUAGUUAGCCAGCCAGACAGCCAAUUAGCCAGUCAGCAAGCCAGUCAUUCAGUCAGCAAGCCAGUCAUUCAGCCAGCCAGUCAUUCAGUCAGUCAGCCAGUCAGUCAGUCAGUUAGCCAGCCAGCCAGCCAAUUAGCCAGUCAGUCAGCCAGUCAUUCAGCCAGCCAGUCAUUCAGUCAGCCAGCCAGUCAGUCAGUUAGCCAGCCAGACAGCCAAUUAGCCAGUCAGCAAGCCAGUCAUUCAGCCAGCCAGUCAUUCAGUCAGCCAGCCAGUCAGUCAGUUAGCCAGCCAGCCAGCCAAUUAGCCAGUCAGCCAGCCAGUCAUUCAGCCAGUCAUUCAGCCAGCCAGCCAGUCAUUCAGUCAGCCAGCUGACAUUGGCAUGGUUUGUCUCUCUCAGCUAACCACAUGGUUGUUCAGUAGAUGGAAUGUUCGGUAGAUGGAAUGUUCGGUAGAUGGAAUGUUCGGUAGAUGGAAUGUUCAGUAGAUGGAAUGUUCAGUAGAUGGAAUGUUCAGUAGAUGGAAUGUUCAUUCCUACUCAUUACUUCCACCGUUUUCUUUUUACACCACUUUCACAAAAUCAUGUUUGCGGACAUCCAUGACGUGAAAACAACCCCCCCCCCCAUGUUGGCAUGACACAGGACUGAUGGUAGCGCUCACCUUGUCUUCUCCGGACAAAGUGUUUUCCGGAUGCCCCAAACAAUCGGAAAGGGGAUUCAUCAGAGAAAAUGACUUUACCCCAGUCCUCAGCAGUCCAAUCCCUGUUCCUUUUGCAGAAUAUCAGUCUGUCCCUGAUGUUUUUCCUGGAGAGAAGUGGCUUCUUUGCUGCCCUUCUUUGACACCAGGCCAUCCUCCAAAAGUAGAUGCACUCACACCUGCCUGCUGCCAUUCCUGAGCAAGCUCUGCAUUGGUGGUGCCCCGAUCCCGCAGCUGAAUCAACUUUAGGAGACAGUCCUGGCGCUUGCUGGACUUUCUUGGGCGCACUGACGCCUUCACAACAAUUUAACCUCUCUCCUUGAAGUUCUUGAUGAUCCGAUAAAUGGUUGAUUUAGGUGCAAUCUUACUAGCAGCAAUAUCCUUGCCUGUGAAGCCCUUUUUGUGCAAAGCAAUGAUGACUGCACAUGUUUCUUUGCGGGUAACCAUGGUUAACAGAGGAAGAACAAUGAUUUCAAGCACCACCCUCCUUUUAAAGCUUCCAGUCUGUUAUUCUGACUCAAUCAGCAUGACAGUGAUCUCCAGCCUUGUCCUCGUCAACACUCUCACCUGUGUUAACGAGAGAAUCACUGACAUGAUGGCAGCUGGUCCUUUUGUGGCAGGGCUGAAAUGCAGUGGAAUUGUUUAUUUGGGGCUAAGUUCAUUUUCAAGGCAAAGAGGGACUUUGCAAUGAAUUGCAAUUCAUCUGAUUACUCUUCAUGACAUUCUGGAGUAUAUAUGCAAAUUGCCAUCAUCAAAACUGAGGCAGCAGACUUUUGUGAAAAUUAGUAUUUGUGUCAAUUUCAAAACGUUUGACCACGACUGUAGAGGCAGGUGGUGGAUAAAGUGAGAACCGUCCCACUCUCUGACAACACUGUCAAAGACAGAAUUGAUAAAAUGGCUGGAGAUUGUCAAAACCAGCUGCACGAGAAGCUUAGGAAUGUUCCCUUUGCCAUUCAGUUGGAUGAAACAACAACAGUGUCAGAUGAAUCCGUGCUUCGUUUAUAUUGACGGUGAUUACUUGAAACCAGACAUUCUUAUGUCUACCAAUCUAGCCACAACAACAACAGGCCAAGAUAUUUUUAUAGCUCUUGUCCAACAAUCUGCCCUAGGAGAAUAUUGUUGCAUGCUGCACUGAUGGCGCUGCAGCGUUGAUGGGUAAAAACAAGGGAUUUAACAGCCGAUUUAAGGAAAAGCGCAAUUAUCCACUGCAUGCUACAAGCCAAGCAUUGGCCAGUAAAAAACUUUCGGAAGACCUUAGUAACACCCUGGCAACUGUUGUUAAAGUUGUAAACUUUUAUUAAGGCUCGCCCUACUAACAAGAGACUGUUUGCUGUGUGAGGAUGAAUCAAAUCACAUUUUAUUGGCCACAUGCGCCAAAUACAACAGGUGCAGACAUUACAGUGAAAUGCUUACUUACAGCCCUUAACCUUUAAUAAAAAAGUAAAAUAAAACAACAAAAAAGUGUUGAGGAAAAAAAUAGCAGAAGUAAAAUAAAAUAACUGUAGGGAGGCUAUAUAUAUAUAUAUAUAUAUAUAUAUAUAUAUAUAUAUAUAUAUAUAUAUAUAUAUAUAUAUAUAUAUAUAUAUGGGGGUACCGGUGCAGGGUCAAUGUGCGGGGGCACCGGCUAGUUGAGGUAAUAUGUACAUGUGGGUAGAGUUAAAGUGAAUAUGCAUAAAUAAUUAACAGAGUAGCAGCAGCGUAAAAAGAUGGGGUGGGGGGGCAGUGCAAAUAGUCCGGGUAGCCAUGAUUAGCUGUUCAGGAGUCUUAUGGCUUGGGGGUAGAAGCUGUUGAGAAGUCCUUUGGACCUAGACUUGGCACUCCGGUACCGCUUGCCGUGCGGUAGCAGAGAGAACAGUCUAUGACUAGGGUGGCUGGAGUCUUUGACAAUUUUGAGGGCCUUCCUCUGACACCGCCUGGUAUAGAGGUCCUGGAUGGCAGGAAGCUUGGCCCCAGUGAUGUACUGGGCCGUACGCACUACCCUCUGUAGUGCCUUGCGGUCAGAGGCCAAGCAGUUGCCAUACCAGGCGGUGAUGCAACCAGUCAGGAUGCUCUCGAUGGUGCAGUUGUAUAAUUUUUUGAGUAUCUGAGGACCCAUGCCAGAUCUUUUCAGUCUCCUGAGGGGGAAUACGCUUUGUCGUGCCCUCUUCACGACUGUCUUGGUGUGUUUGGACCAUGAUAGUUCGUUGGUGAUGUGGACACCAAGGAACUUGAAGCUCUCAACCUGUUCCACUACAGCCCCGUCGAUGAGAAUGGGGGCGUACUCAGUCCUCUUUUUUUUUCCUGUAGUCCACAAUCAUCUUCUUUGUCUUGGUCACGUUGAGGGAGAGGUUGUUAUCCUGGCACCACACGGCCAGGUCUCUGACCUCCUCCCUAUAGGCUGUCUCAUCGUUGUCGGUGAUCAGGCCUACCACUGUUGUCGUCGGCAAACUUAAUGAUGGUGUUGGAGUCGUGCCUGGCCAUGCAGUCAUGGGUGAACAGGGAGUACAGGAGGGGACUGAGCACGCACCCCUAAGGGGCCACCGUGUUGAGGAUCAGUGUGGCAGAUGUGUUGUUACCUACCCUUACCACCUGGGGGUGGCCCGUCAGGAAGUCCAGGAUCCAGUUGCAGAGGGAGGUGUUUAGUCCCAGGAUCCUUAGCUUAGUGAUGAGCUUUGAGGGCACUAUGGUGUUGAAUGCUGAGCUGUUGUCAAUGAAUAGCAUUCUCACGUAGGUGUUCCUCUUGUCCAGGUGGGAAAGGGCAGUGUGGAGUGCAAUAGAGAUUGCAUCAUCUGUGGAUCUGUUGGGACGGUAUGCAAAUUGGAGUGGGUCUAGGGUUUCUGGGAUAAUGGUGUUGAUGUGAGCCUUGACCAGCCUUUCAAAGCACUUCAUGGUUACAGACGUCAGUGCUACGGGUCGGUAGUCAUUUAGGCAGGUUAUCUUAGUGUCCUUGGGCACGGGGACUAUGGUGGUCUGCUUGAAACAUGUUGGUAUUAGACUCAGUCAGGGACAUGUUGAAAAUGUCAGUGAAGACACUUGCCAGUUGGUCAGCACAUGCUCGGAGUACACGUCCUGGUAAUCCGUCUGGCCCUGCGGCCUUGUGAAUGUUGACCUGCUUAAAAGUCGUACUCACAUUGGCUACGGAGAGCGUGAUCACAUAGUCAUCCGGAACAACUGGUGCUCUCAUGCAUGCUUCAGAGUUGCUUGCCUCGAAGCGAGCAUCGAAGUGGUUUAGCUCGUCUGGAAGUCUUGUCACUGGGCAGCUCACGGCUGUGCUUCCCUUUGUAGUCUGUAAUAGUUUUCAAGCCCUGCCACAUCCGACGAGCGUCAGAGCCGGUGUAGUACGAUUCAAUCUUUGUCCUGUAUUGACGCUUUGCCUGUUUGAUGGUUCGUCGGAGGGCAUAGCGGGAUUUCUUAUACGCGUCCUGGUUAGAGUCCCGCUCCUUGAAAGCGGCAGCUCUACCCUUUAGCUCAGUGCGAAUGUUUCCUGUAAUCCAUGGCUUCUCGUUGGGGUAUGUACGUACGGUCACUGUGGGGACGACAUCAUCGAUGCACUUAUUGAUGAAGCCAGUGACUGAUGUGGUGUACUCCUCAAUGCUAUCUGAAGAAUCCCGGAACAAGCGCAUCAAACACUGCUGUUACACACAGAGGUAUGCUGGUUGUCACGUGGACAAGUGCUUGUGCAAGAUCACAAUCGACCAUUGCAAGAUCACAAUCGACCAUUGUGGGAACAGCUGACUGAUGCGUUUUGGAUCAAAACGGCAUACCUAGCAGAUACAUUCACUCUCUACAAUGAGACAAACUAGCAGAUGCAGGGUCCUGAAUCAAACGUCAUGCAGUGCAAACACUCUUGAGAUGCUUUUGUGCGGAAACUGGAGUACAGAGUUGGAAAAAUGUCAAAAGGGGAGCUACAACAAUUUCCACUGCUGAUGAAACAGUCUGGUGGCAAUGAUACGCACUGAGUUUACCAGGCACAUGAACAUGCUUCGGGGGGAAAUUAAAUCCUGUUUUGCCGAUUGUUGACGAAUACUUAUCAAAGGAAUCGUGGGUGAUGGACCAUUUUAUAUUUGCAGUCUCGAGGAUGUGGAAUACCUCGGCUGUGAAGAUGAGCAUGCUGACCUUCAAGCCGAUUUCUAUGUCAAAGACAUAUUUCCACGAGAACGGAUACAAAACGUUUUGGAUUGUCAAAGGACAUGCGCUGUUGCGCCCAGACUGGCCAAACACGCAGCUACAAGGGUUAUUCUACCAUUCAGCACUACGUACCUGUCUGAGACGGCCUUCAAUAAAAACAAAAGCCCGUAACAGGCUCCAUGUCCACCAGGGCUUUAGGCUGGCUGUCACUAGCAUCACACCUGACAUCCCAUCCCUGGUCAGAGGUAUGCAGGCCCCAAGGUGGCCAUUUUAGUUUUUUAAGGAAGGAUAAAGUUAUUGAUUGUAACGUACUGUUUGUUAUUGUUGCUUAUUUUUAUUUUUAUAUCACAUAAUUUAUAGCUGUGUCAAAACCAGUGUUCACAUGAUGUGUGUGUGUGUGUGUGUGUGUAACAAACCCGUUUCAGUGUAUUGGUCUGAGGGAGAUCUAGGACAGAGCUGUAUAGGUGCUGUUAAUCACUUAUUACACUGAUAAUGAAUCAUUAUUAUUAUUUAGGUAACUGUGUGUGUGUGUGUGUGUAUAGGCCUACAGUUGAUUAUGCACAAAGAUAACCAGGGCAAACCGAAGAGAAAAGGAAAGAAAAACUGUAAGUGAUGUACAUUUUUGCCAAUAAAGAUUUGGAAUUAAUCACUUUAUUAUUAUAUUUUUUUUUUUGGGGGGGGCUAAGCUUUUCUUGGGGGGGGGGGGGGGGGGGGGCGCUCAGCUUUUCUUGGGGGGGGGGCGCUCAGCUUUUCUUAGAUACAAGUAGGGGGGGGGCUCCAAGGGAAAAAGGUUGGGAACCACUGUUGAUAUGAGGUUUUUAUAGUGUUGUGUGACCCAGGGGAGAGUUGGAAGAUAAGUGGCUUGGUGCCACAGAGUCUGCAUUCCUUAUGUCAAAGGAGAUUACUGAAGUUGAUCUUAGAAAUGAUUGAUGGACAGGAUAUACUGACUUGGGGGUAAAGGGUAAUAACAUCAAAGAAGGGAGUGCCCAUUGAGGGUUAGCAGAUGUUCAUGAAGAAACUUGUAAACAGAGGGUAUAUAAGGGAGAGUGGCUCUUUGUUCGGAACGGUAAGAGGCAGGGCUAUGUCUGUUGUCAUAUCGAACCAUGGUACCAUAUUAAAUAUCUUAUAUUUUAGUCAUUUAGCAGAUGCUCUUAUCCAGAGCGACUUACAGGAGCAAUUAGGGUUAAGUGCCUUGCUCAAGGGCACAUCGACAGAUUUUUCACCUAGUCGGCUCGGGGAUUAGAACCAGCGACCUUUCGGUUACUGGCACAACGCUCUUAACCACUAAGCCACCUGCCGCCCUUAUAUGAACUCCCUAUCAAAGUGUCUAAGUACAUCAUUACAUUCUUUAUCACUUGAUACCCUUAGAAACUCAUCAUAACACCUGUUCUAUUGUAUAUACUACAGUAUAUCUGACUGAGCCCAGGCCUGAAUGUGUACCAUCCAGCCACCCAUGUCCUCUGCAGAGAGAGGCUGGUUAGGCUGGUCCUGACCCCAGUGGGGGGGGUUGAGAUGGGGCUGGGUGAAUCCACUUGUCUGUCUGUGGGUGCUGUCACGUUUCCUGAUAGCCGGUGCUGUUUCUCUCCCAGAACCUGUCACAUUACUCCAGACUGGCCGUGUCAGCACAGCGUGCCUCUAGCCCAG